UGUAGGCACCUAAGCCAAAGCCUACCACAGAUCAAGUUGUUGUAUGUGUCAAGGAAUAAGGUGCAUGAAGCAGAUAAGCUACCCAGGGAAGCCAGAUUGGAUCUUGCAGCUCAAUCAGCUGGGGCUACAACCCUUGAUUUGUUACUUUGUAAAGCAGUACUUUUAACCCCCACCCCCACUUUUUGAUGAUGUAUUCUCUAACUCUAACUAUGCUACUAUUAGUCCUACUAGGAACUAUGUGGGUGUUGUGCCACCUUAUUUUGACCCCCCACUAAUGGGAGAACUUAUGUGUAACAGACUUAAUUAAUUAAUCCUACUCAUUUCUGCCAAAAAAAAAAAAAAACGUUCAAAAUAUAUUCUUUAUAAAUAGUUGUAUGUUCAUUUUUAAAGUACUACAUGUUUUUAUGACAAGAAAUAUACAAAAGUUCGAUUAUAUAUAUUAUAAUUAUUUCAACUCUAAAAAUCUGAAUAUCCACCUUAAAUCACAAAUAAACAUACGAUUGCAAAUUCACUACCAAAUACAAAAUUGAUAGAAAAAUAACAAUUUUAUAACAUUUUACAUAUUUAUAAACAAACUCAAAAUCCGGUAAGGAAAGGAAAGAGAAAAAAAAACCAUCUUCAUUUUUGAAGUAUUACAUGUUUAUAUAGGGGUUGUUUGGUAAGUAGCUUUUUGUAUAGCUUUUGGCUUUUGGCUUUUGAAAGUGGUCAAACAGCCAAAAUUUAUGUUUGGUUGAUUGGCAUUUUGGUUGACUAAAAAGCCAGCUUUUCUGCCAAUGCCAAAAACUAGUGAGAGUAGCUUUUUGGGGUUAGAUUUUGGCUUAAAUGAUAACUAUUACAAUUUUAUCCCUAAUAAACACUUAUUACCCAUUCUUAUCAAUUACCUUUCUCUCUCCUAAAACAAAAAAAAAACCCCAAUAUACUACUAAUACACUACAGAGAAAAUUUGUGAGAAGUUCAGGUGAACGUGGAGCAGCGGAAGCGACGGAGCAUAAAUUCAGAAUCAAGAUUUGGCAACUGCAUGACUACAUUAUUCGAUGGCCCCAAAGAAAAAUAAAAGUAAUCACAUAGGGGAGAGGAUAAAUGAUGGAGAAAUCCAAAAAUUGGUGAAUGUAAAUCGAAUAACUUGGUCCAAUGAAUUAAUCCACAUACUUUUUGAUCUUUGUAUUAAAAACACAUUGUGGAGUAAAGGAAAAAAUGGUGCUAUUACUUCACACAACUUAUUGUGGAAAAAAGUGGUAGAAAAUUGGGAAAAUACCACAAACAUAGCAUGGGAUAAAUGCCGGCUUAAAAACAAAUUGGAUGGAAUGAGGCCUAAAUGGAUACUUUGGAAACAAUUGAAAUCGAAGGAAACCGGUUUAGGGUUGGAUCAUGAAAAAGGAACGGUUGUCGCAAGUGAUGCAUGGUGGGCUUUAAAAAUAAAGGAAAAUGCAAAAUUUGAAAUCUUUCGUGAUGAAGGAAUUGAACCUGAGCUUGAAUACAAAAUGCACCAAGUUUUUGGGGGAUGUGCCCAAGGAGCCGAAAAGUUUACCUCAGUGGCCGAUCCGCCUACAAUAGAUGAUGAAGCAUAUGUUCCUUCUCCACCCAUUAGUUCUCGUCACUCUCAUUCUCCUUAUGUUAAUGAUCAUGAUGAAGUAGGUUCUAAUUUGGGAAAUGAAUAGGAUGCAAUGUGGAGGGAACAAAGCCCUUCAUCCCUUAACCCCAUAUCCACCCCUAAUGAGAUCGAUGAUAAAGGAAAAGGGAAAAGGGUAAUGGAGAGUGGGUUCCUUUCAAAGUAACAAAAGUGCAAGGUCUGAAAAAAAAAAAAAGUCUAGAAGGAGUGCUUCCCUUAGUGAUAAAAUUGAUGGAAUGAUGGAAAUAGUUGCUGAAAGGAAUAGUUCCACAAAAGAGUUUCAAACUGCUAUGGUGAAUAUGAUGAACUCUAUGAAUAUUGAUAUACCAAAAUAUAGUGUGACUGAUGCAAUGGUUAAGUUGUGCUCCAUGGAUGAUUUUGAUUCCAGCUCACCUGAAUUUUACUAUGCUUGUACACUCAUUGAAGAUCCACAAAGAAGGACAAUCUUUUUAGAAUUUGCGGAUGAUAAGAAAAGAGUUGAAUACAUAAGGUUUAUGUAUACACAAAAUGUGGGACACAAGUGAUAUGUGCUAGUAACUUUACUAACUACUUAGAAUUGCAUAUGGUAACUUUUGAAUUAAAUUAAGAAUGUUACCAUAUGCACUUUUGGAAUUUUAUGCUAGCUUUUGUUUGUUGGAACUUGCUAUAGAAUGGCUCUUUAAGCCCAUAAUUUAUAUAUAUCUCAUUGUAAAACAAAAAGAAAUAGAAAAUGUUGUACGCAUCCCCAACCUUUAUAUAUGUUUUAGAGAAAAAUUGUAUGGAUGUUAAUGGGAUUACUUUUGCUACUUUUGUUGGAUGAUUGAAAUUCAUCCUUGUUUUGUAAAUUUAAAUCUUAUAAAUAUUAGUUAUGUUAUGUAAUUGAUUUUGAUAUUUAACUUGUUUGUUUCUAGGUAUGGAUUAUAAUAUGCAACUUAAAAUGCUCUUCUUAUGCAAAGAGUACUUAGAUGAAGAGGAUAAUUUUUGGGAAUUGAUUGCUUGCAACGUAGGUUACAUUACAAAGUAUUAUUUGAACCAUAUAUAUAAGGAACCUUGUAUGACCUCGUAUUUAACCGGCCAAAUGUGGGUGAUUGAGUUACUUAACGGUCAUAAAACACGUUGUUUUAAUGUUCUUAGAAUGUACCCUCCUUUAUUUAUGGAACUAUGCACAUAUUUAGAAAGCAGGUACGGUUUAAAACCAUGGUUAAGAAUGUCAAUUAUAGAAAAAGUGGGCAUAUUUGUGUAUGUCCUUGCUCAUGGUGCCCCAAAUAGAUUAACUCAAGAACGUUUUCAACACUCCGGCAAAACAGUGAGUCGAGUAUUUAAACAAGUUUUAUAUGCUAUGGAUAGAAUGUCAAGGGAUAUACUUGUACCUAGAGAUCCUAGUUUUAAGGAGGUGCCACGACAAUUAGCAAAUGAUGCUAGAUACAUGCCAUAUUUCAAGGAUUGUAUUGGAGCUAUAGAUGGUACACAUAUAUCAAUAAUUGUCCCAGAAGAAGACCAACUGCAUUACAGAGGAAGGAAAGGUAUACCAUUUACGAACGUUUUAGCUGGAUGUGACUUUGAUUUGUUGUUUACAUACAUGUUGACGGGAUGGGAAGGCUCAGCUCAUGAUUCACGAAUAUUUCUUGAUACAAUUAGUGAUCCAAGACUCAAGUUUCCAAAACCCCCAGAAGGUAAAUAUUAUUUUGUUGACAAAGGCUAUCCGGAAAGAAAGGGGUAUUUGACUCCUUACCGUAAGACGAGGUGCCAUCUAUCUGAAUUUUGAGGUGCAAGUCCAAGGGGUACCAAAGAAGUUUUUAAUCGUGCUCAUUCGUCAAUACGAAGUUGCAUUGAACGGUCAUUUGGUGUUCUUAAAGCCCGAUGGAAGAUCCUAGAUAAAAUGCCUAGAUACUCAUUCAAAGAUCAAAACAGAAUAAUACGAUCUUGCUUUGCAUUACACAACUAUACUAGACGAAGUGGCGUUGGUGAUCCAACUUUUUGACUCGUGGAUAAAGAUCCUAAAUUUGUACCUUCCGAAGGAGUUGAGGAUAUUGAAACUAAUGUCCCUCAAUGUGUUCAAGAAUCGUCAACUAGUGAGGCGACAAUUGUUCGUGAUAACAUUGCUGCUUGCUUGAUGAAAACUAGACGAGCCAAGCGAGUCAGAAGACAAUAUUAGAUCAUUAAUAUGCAUGCUUAUGAUUUAUUUUUUUCUAAGUUACUACUGGUGUUCAAUUAUUCACUUUUUAUUG